AUGACCACUGCAAUGCCCACCAUCGAUUUGACGGCAGAAGACUCAGAUGCUGACGAUUUUGAUGUAUUCCAUUCAUUCCCUAGCACAACAUCAAACUCAGCUUCUAACUCAGUGGCUCCUACGACCAAGAAUAUACUAUCCAACAUCUCUAAUGGUAACGAUGAUAUCUCUGAUCACAUGAGCUAUGAAUCUAGUCUAAAUGAUUCUAAUGUCCUAACAAACACAGAGAACCCUAAAGAGAAGCAAGAUGUGACAAAUGAUUUGGAGUCUAGUUUGGACUUAACAGAAGGUAAUACUAGCGGACUAGAUCAUCGCACUGGCAUACCGUCAGAUAUGGUUCCUGAUCGAACUAUAGAAAUGCAUCAGGAGGACCACUCUUCAUCUUUUGAUGAAGUAGAUGGGACCCUUGUAACACCUCAAAAGAACACCUUAUUAACACAGCGGGUUAAUGCUAAUCCAACUGAUGCAUCUGACAAGAUUAUAUCAUUAACAAACAAUGAUAACAAGGUUUUAUCACCACCAGAGAUAAUCUCACCAACACCAUUUUCAGAAACCCAUGAAACUGGUGAUCUUUCAACCGAUCCUAUUGGAACAACCGAUAAUGAGAUCGUACAGACGCAACUCAUAGAAUCAUCCCCAGUUUCUGGAGUUCCCAUCAAUAAGAAAACCUUGAAGAGGCCCUAUAUUCUAAGCAACAUCAGCGAUCAGCCAACAAAAGCAUUACCAUCAUUAUCUACUACACGUCUUCCGAGUCUCCGAUCAAUCGAGGGUAUAUCUGGUGCAUUUAAUGCGGAUAGUGAUAUGGAACUUGAAAGCGUUGAUGAUGUGAGUUCACCGUUAAAGGGAAUGGACCAGAGGAGAAGAAAGAGGAAAUUAAAUGAAAGCUUGGAUAAUACCCAAUUUAAGAAACAAUCGAUACCUCCUCCAAUGAAACAGCUGCCCUUGUUGGUCCCUAAAUCAAUAAAUAAAAAUGAAAUAAUUAUCCUGUCUAGUGAUGACGAUGAUGAAAAGGAAGAAAGAAAAGAUAAUAAUCAUACAUAUAAUGGUAGGCCUGAGAUUAGCAACCAGAAAGAUAAUGUUAAAACCGAACAUCAAGAAAAAAAUAUGAAAACCGAGAUACCGAAUGACAACGAACCAAUCGAUCUAUCUGAAGAUUCUAAUAUGACGAAUAAGAACGUAACUUCCCUAAAUAAACACUUCAAGAAAGAACACACUCAAAGUAAUGGUGAUUUAUCCAAUGUAACGAGCUCCAACACAGAUUUCCCAAAAAUAGAUUACAAUCAGCCGAUGACAGAGGAACUCUACUUUCAAAAUGUCAAUACAAUAAAUAAGAGGGAGGGGGAGCUUUUAAAGCAAUUAAAAGCAACCCAAGAUACUGGCGCCAUACUGAGAAAACGGUUGGAUAUGAGAGAAAAGAAUGUACGAGAAGUCGAAGAUAAAAUAAACUUGAUAAGCAAAUCCAUGAACGUUGGUAAUGGAAACAUCAGUCCAACAAAAAAGAUUAUACUGGAAGAAGCCAAAAGAAAUCUAAUCAUAAUAAGGAAGAAAAGAGAGCAGACAAAAGACAAACUAGACCUAAUUGUCGGCAAAAUCAAAGUUAAUCACGAGAAAUUUAACAACUUUGAAAGGAAGAAAGAAGAGGCGUUACCACUUUUAAAGAAAAAUUUAGAAAUUACGAACAGAAACAGCCAAACUGGAGAGAUUGUUACUGAAAGACGAAAUAUUUUAAAAGAAAAAUCAGAUUUGGAAGCUAUGCUGAAAUCGGGAACUUUAAGCUCAUCAACAUUCCUGGAGCUUAACAGGGAACUAGAUCGAAAACUAAGUGACUUGAACGUUCCAAGAUCUAACAAACCCACUGAACCGGAAUUGCAGAAUAAAAUUCAGAUGGCAAAGAAAGUUGGACCGGACUUAUUUAUAAAGUCGUUAGACACUGCAAAGGCCUUACUUGCUAAGAAUUCUUCUCGAACAGAAUUCAUCAAGCGGAUGCUGUAUUCAAACUUAGACUUAUUGAGGAGCUACAAAGAAUAUUUUGAAGCUAACAAAUUCAUCUCUCGAGAAUUGAGAACAAAAGUAAGAGAAGCGGCGGAGCUGCUUUUCGCCAAUGGUGUAAAGAUGCCCAUCGUUUUUGAAACGCUACAAGAUUAUGGUGUCCACUAUUUGAAGCAAAACAUUCUGGCAGUCGAUAAGCGAGCACAAUAUUUCAAAAGUCUUCAAGUGGCAAGAGAACUGGUUGCCAAUUCGAAUAGACCUCCCGAUGUAAAAUUUAAAAUUUAUGAUUCCUUAAAAGUCUUAGAAGAACUUCGGCUAUCAAUUGACGCUGGGAUCCCCCUUACGUUUGAGUCUAAAAGGAAGGUUAGUACGGCAGUUUUGUCUUUGAAAGAUCAUGGUUUAAAGAUGAAUAAACUAUAUAUGAAUCUUGAAAAAUACGGGAUUGCCAUAACUAGUGAGGACCUAGCAAGGCAACCCAUGUAUUCCCAAAAGAAUGAACCAUAUUCAGAGGUUGGUCAACCUUAUAGCUUGAUGUCACAAGACCCCUGGGGAAUUAUGUCCAAUAAUGGUAAUUUGAACAUCCAGAGAGGUUCUGGUAUAGGGGACAUGAAUGCUUUCAAUUCAGAUAACCAAUUUAGGGUAGCAAAUAUCCUUGCUGGUGAUGACCAAGAACAUAUUAGAGAAUUAUUACAAAAUGUCAAACAAACAGAAUCAGAGAGUGAAGGUGAAACAUUAACUCCCGAAGAUAUGACAGUUAAUUUACUAAAACAUCAAAAAAUCGGUCUCCACUGGUUACUUAACGUGGAAGCGUCUAAAAAGAAAGGUGGUCUACUAGCAGACGAUAUGGGUCUUGGUAAAACUGUCCAAGGUAUUGCAUUGAUGUUAGCUAAUAGAUCUAAGGACCAGGCUUGUAAGACUAAUUUAAUAGUAGCACCAGUUGCAGUUCUGAGAGUUUGGGGAGGUGAAUUGGAGACUAAAAUUAAGAAAGAAGCAAACUUUUCUGCCUUCAUUUACGGUGGUGGUGAUAAGCUGGCAACAUGGAAAGAACUUUCUGAAUAUGAUGCUAUCAUGGUUUCUUACCCCACUUUAGCCAUCGAAUUUAAAAAGCAUUGGCCUGCCUCGUUAGGUAAGGAUCAAAAGCAAUUGCCAGCAAUUCCACAACUUGCUGCAAUGAACUCCUUAAAAAAGAAGGAUGAAUACUUUUCUCCAUUCUUCUGUAACGAAUCGACGUUUUAUAGAAUUAUUCUAGAUGAGGGCCAAAAUAUCAAAAAUAAGAAGACAAGAGCGGCGAAAGCUUGUUGCUCCCUAGAUGCCACAUAUAGAUGGGUUUUCUCUGGGACACCGAUUCAAAAUAGUAUGGAUGAAUUAUACUCAUUAAUUAGAUUUUUAAGGAUUCCUCCCUAUCACAGAGAGGAAAGAUUUAUGGCCGACAUAGGUAGACCUUUCCUUAGAAAGAACGGUAAUUAUGAUGAUUUUGAUAGAAAACAAGCGAUUAAAAAAGUCCAAGUGUUACUAUCUGCAAUCAUGCUUCGUAGGUCUAAGAGCGAUAUGAUAGAUGGCAAACCACUAUUAGAAUUACCUCCAAAGCAAAUUGAAAUUGAUUCCGCUGCAUUAGAGGGAGAUGAAUUGGAAUUUUAUACUGAUUUAGAGGCCAAAAAUAGAAAGUUAGCUGAGAGAUUAUUGAAAAGAAAGGCCAAGGGUAAUUACUCAAGUGUGCUGACGUUGUUGUUACGUUUAAGGCAGGCAUGUGUCCAUUCUGAAUUGGUACUUAUUGGUGAAAGGAAAAGUGAAGGAUCUAAAGUUGCGAAUGGAAAAAAUUUCCAUACAGAUUGGUUACGCUUGUAUGAACUUAUUUUGAGGAUUGGUCCACGAACGAGAAAUGUCAUUGAAAGCUCAAUGGACUCUGCAACGUGUGUUUGGUGUCUAGAGCAGUUAGAACCCGAAUCGACAUCUAUUUUAACGAGUUGUGGCCAUUUAUUGUGUGAUGCAUGUAUCGAUCCCUUCUAUUCUGAACAAUCUACUCUUCCCACUGCUAAGCUAACAGAUAAUGGUACUAUUAAUAUGCCUUGUAAAGAAUGUGAUAGGUUGACCAAUGAAAAAGAUGUUGUAUCGUAUAGAUUAUAUGACCAAGUUAUUAAUCAGCAGUUUACGAGGCAAGAUCUUCGUAAUGAAUUCGAACGUGAGAUGCAAAUACAAAAAGAGAAUGCAAGAAAUGUUGCAGCAACAGAUCUAGAGAAGUUAGAACCAUCUCGAAAAAUGAUUCAAUGUAUGGACGUAAUUAAGAAAGUAUUUGAGAAUUCAGAUACCGAAAAGAUUAUUAUAUUUUCUCAGUUCACAUCUUUCUUUGAUAUUUUUCAACAUUUUCUGGAAAAAUUAUUGAAGGUCCCCUACUUGAAAUACACUGGUGCCAUGACUGCACAACAGAGAGCAGAUGUUAUUACUAAAUUCUAUCGUCAAGCAAAUGAGAGAAUCUUACUUAUUUCGAUGAAGGCAGGUAAUUCGGGAUUAACCUUAACAUGUGCCAAUCAUGUUAUCAUUGUAGACCCUUUUUGGAAUCCUUAUGUAGAGGAACAAGCCCAAGACCGUUGUUAUAGAAUUAGUCAAACGAGAGAGGUUCAUGUUCAUCGUUUAUUUAUUAAAGAUUCGGUUGAAGAUAGAAUUGCGGAGUUGCAGGAGAAGAAAAGAGAGAUGGUUGAUGCAGCCAUGGAUCCAUCUAAAUUGAAAGAAGUUAAUAGACUAGGUGCCAGAGAACUAGGGUUCUUAUUCGGCUUGAAUUCUCUUUGA